AUGUCUCAACCCUUGCCAAGCAGGGCUAGAGUUUAUGCAGAGGUCAAUACACACCGACCUCGAGAAUACUGGGAUUAUGCAUCCCAUGUGGAGGAAUGGGGAAAUCUGGAUGACUAUAAGCUAAUUCAAAAAUUAGGUAGAGGGAACUAUAGUGAAGUAUAUGAAGCUAUCAAAGUGUCAACAAACGAAAAAGUUGCUGUGAAAAUGCUCCAUCCAAUUAAGGCUCAGAAAAUAAAGCGUGAAAUAGCAAUUUUAGAGAAUUUACGAGGUGGUCCCAACAUCAUAAUGUUGACAGCAACUGUAAAAAGUCCUCGAUCAGGAACCCCAGCACUAGUUUUUGAACAUGUAAAUAACACCCAUUACAAGAAAUUGUACCAGAUCUUAACAGACUAUGAUAUACGGUUUUACAUCUAUGAGAUAUUGAAGGCCUUAGAUUAUAGUCAUAGCAUGGGGAUUAUGCACCGAGAUCUCAAACCUGAUAACAUUGUAAUUGAUCAUAAGCAAAGAAAGUUACGGGUAAUUGAUUGGGGGUUGGCAGAAUUUUAUCAUCCAGGCCAAGAAUAUAGUGUCCGAGUUGCUUCCCUAUACUUUAAGAGUCCUGAGCUGCUAGUAGAAUAUGAGAUGUAUGAUUACAGUUUGGAUCUGUGGAGCCUGGGGUGUAUUCUAGCAAGCAUGAUAUUUCGCAAGGAGCCAUUUUUCUGUGGCUGUGACAAGUAUGAUCAAUUGGUGAGAAUAGCCAGUGUUCUGGGAACAAGCGAUUUAUAUAAGUACAUUGAAAAAUACAAUAUAGGAAUAGAUCCAUAUCUCCAUGUACUCUUGGGUAAACACCCCCGUAUUAUAUGGGAGAAGCUGGUCCAUAAUGAAAACCAGCAUCUUGUCAGUCCAGAGGCCCUUGAUUUACUAGGUAAGCUGCUACUAUAUGACCAUCAGUCACGGCUUACUGCCAAAGAGGCCAUGAAGCACCCCUAUUUCUCAGCUAUCAUUAAGGGCCAGGCUCAAACAGAUUCACCCAGUAAACCAAGAGGCAGUAUGCCUGCCAUCAGUUGCAAAGGUAUGCCAGAGGCUUCUCUGCUGCCAGUCCCGUCACCACCCCUUGGAUCUCUGCAUGAUUCCUCAGUGACUGACACUUCUGCUGCCCCUGAGAAUCCUGUUCCAUCUACACCUCAUGUUCAGAAAUAA